AUGGUGAUGAACCCGAUCCCAUGGUCAACCAUUGGGGUGGUGAUUUCUUGGUAUAGUUCUAACAUUGGUGUGCUCCUUAUGAACAAGUACUUGCUCAGCAAUUAUGGGUUCAAGUACCCUGUUUUUCUCACCAUGUGUCACAUGAUGAUGUGUUCUAUUUUCAGCUAUGUUGCCAUUUCUUUGAUGGACAUAGUCCCUUUGCAGAGUGUGCAGUCCAAGAAACAGUUUGGGAAAAUCUGUGGUUUGAGCUUUGUUUUCUGUUUCUCUGUCGUUUGUGGAAACAUGUCACUCAAGUACAUUCCUGUGUCGUUUAACCAGGCAAUUGGAGCCACCACCCCUUUCUUCACUGCAGUUUUUGCUUAUGCUAUGAUCAGAACAAGAGAGGCUUGGGUUACUUAUGCCACCCUUUUGCCUGUUGUUGCUGGUGUCAUCGUAGCUAGUGGGGGUGAACCAAGUUUUCAUAUGUUUGGAUUUAUAAUCUGUGUUUCAUCGACUGCAGCCAGAGCAUUUAAAUCAGUGCUUCAAGAUAUUUUGUUGUCCUCAGAAGGAGAAAAGUUGAAUUCUAUGAACCUGCUGCUUUAUAUGGCACCUAUAGCAAUGUUGGUCUUACUUCCUGCAACAUUGUUGAUGGAGGAAAACGUGAUUUGGAUUACAAUAGAUCUUGCCAAUAAGGAUAUCAGUAUUAUCUGGUAUCUGCUUUUCAGUUCUUCUCUUGCAUAUUUCGUGAACUUGACCAAUUUUUUGGUGACUAAACAUACAAGUGCUCUUACCCUUCAGGUUUUAGGAAAUGCAAAGGGGGCAGUUGCUGUGGUGAUCUCAAUUUUGAUAUUCAAAAAUCCUAUUUCAGUGAUAGGAAUGCUUGGCUAUGCACUCACUGUCAUUGGAGUUAUCCUGUACAGUGAAACCAAGAAGAGGUAUAGUUGGAGUAGAAAAAUUAACAAUAUUACCAAUCAAAACAAAGCCUGUGAUUUGCCACAAGAGAGAGGAUCAACAAGUUCUACAUAA